CAGAAUAAUUAACCGCUUUUCCAGCCCGCCGAGUCGGUUUCCGGCUGGCCUUUAAAUUGAAGCAUCGUUUAGCUCGAGCGAAAUGCGCAGCGAAGAAGGGCCGCGUGCGGUUUAAAUCGAGACUAGGAAGAAUUUCCCGAAGAGUGCUAGCUGAAAGACAAGAAAGCAGGCCGACGACACAGCGCGUCUCCGUGGAGGCUCCCCAAUGGCUGGCAAGGAGAAAAUGACGUCAGUGGCUGCCUCACCGCCUGUUCGGCGUCUCUCAGUGUCAGGGGCAGCCAAAAAGGGUAGAGAACCGGCGUUCGAGUUUCCUGUGCCCCGCAAGCCUCGCCAGCGUGCCUCAAGUGAGCGAUCUUCGCGCUCAUCAACUCCUCUCCGAGGAUCUCGGGGAUCAUCUCCAGCUGAAACAAGACGGCGGCCACCAAGCAGGCCUUCUAGCCGCCCUUCUACGCCUCAACCAAAGAAGAAACGAAAUAAUGAAUUAGAAAGAUUAUUGAUUUCGGCCGCCAAUGACGGACAGCGUCGAUCCACGGUCACAGAGGAGGUGAAGAAGGGUGCCGCCAAGAAGUCGGCUGACAGCCAGCCCGGGAAGAAAAAAGUGCCUUUAGGAGCCAAAAAGGUCCUUGAGAAAGCCAAGAAAUCUCCUGCUAAGACUGCAGUGAAAACUGUCGUGAAAUCGCCAAUUGGAAAAAAGAAGUUGGAUGUAAAGAAGAAGGCAGUACAAUUGAAGAAAGCUGUUGGAAGCAUAAAAAAGACUGAUACCAAAAGCAAGCAAGCUGAGGUUAAAACCAACGGCAGCAAAAGCGUGGAGAGCCAAACUGACUUCAAGUUGGUGCCGAAGAAGGAAACCACCCUAAAAGCCUUGAAAGACGCAAAUAAAAUAAGUAAGGAGAACCAAGCAGUAUCAGAGGCUCCUGAAUCCUUGCCCAAUACCAAGAAGGAUGUAGAAACUCCGGUCGAUAGUCCAAAACCUGUGAACGAUUCAAAACUGGUGGAACCUGUGAUUGACGCUGUGUUGAAAAAUCAACCUGGGAAAGAUACAACAUUGGCCAAGGAACCAGAAAAUGAAGUGGGGAAAAGAGAAGAGGUCAUCACUUUGGAGACUGUUCUAGCCCUAAAGGAUGCACUGAAGGAAUCAGAGGAUGUCUCUAAGACCUCUGAUGAGGUGACAAAAGGCAGCUUGGAAGUUGUUAAAAGAGAUGAGAAACCUAAAGUUGAUGUGAUGCACACGCUGACGGAAGCGUGCCGAAAGCUAGAGCAGCUGACCGGCAAGAAGAAGGAUCUCUCGCCUUUUGAAGUCAAUCCCAGGAGUCCUGAGGUUGCCUCAAUGUCUCCAGAAAGGCCGACUGAAAAGCCCAUGGAACACAAUGUCAUCUCUCCUGUGAACCUCCAGCUUUUCAUGCAGGCAAAGCUGAGGAACAAGCUUAGUCAAAGUCCCAGCGCUGAAGCGAAGGAAGGGAGCACAGCGUUUCCAUCUCCUGCAAUUGCACCACUCACUGCAGCCCCAAUUAUUAACUCACUGUCAGCCGCCGCAAAGCAGACAUCUUCUUUCCUCAAAGACUCUAGUGAAGUGCCUAUUGAGUAUCGGUGGAAACUCGAUAAGCGAUAUUCUACGUUGUCACCUAUCAAUUCUUGUAUCAAGGAUAAGGUGGCAGAUUUGCUAAGGAAAGACCCCAAUGAAGUGGUUCUCAAGGAAAACAAAAGAAGAGAACCUGAAAAUGAAGACGAAAUGGAGGAGCUAAGGAUAAGUGAAAGCGAGGGCGAUUCGAAUGGUUCAUCACCUGAAAAGUUUAUCUCCAAAUCUAAGCGUGAAGAGAUAGAGCGCAGAAUGGAAGAAAUCUACAGGGAACGUGAAGGCGAGUUGGGCAAGGAUGACGAAGUUCUAGCCUCAGAAUUGGAACCUGAAGACAAUAUCGAAGCCUCAGCCACACCAACAACGAUUAAAGAGACUGAAUCGGACCAGGAUCAGGAAACUCCUGAUGCCACUGAAGCAACUCAUAAUGAGGAAUCUGAAAAGAUUGAAGAAUGCCAAAUAGAAACUGAAAAUCCUGAAUCGAAGGUUGAGCUCAACGAGAAUAUGUUAACUUGCGAAGUAACUAAAGUUGAUGAGGAGUUAGAAAAAGAAACUGAAGCCAAGGUCGAAGCGGAGGUUGCAGUAGAGAACAAUGAAGUGACUCAGGAGGUUGACCAAGAAAAUGAAAAAGCUAAUAACGACAAAAAGAAACGCUAUUCUAAAUCCAAAAGGGAAAGUGAUAAAAAGAAAAAGAAAAGAGAAGAAUAUCAGCGAAAAAAGAUGGAAGCUGCUGCCAAGAAAGCUGAAGAGGAAAAAUUAGCAUCAACCGCUACUGCUGACUCGAUAGUGUCUCCAGAAGUCGGAUCACCCCAACCAGAGUCCAAGGCUGCAUCCUCCUCAGUUUCUGAGGCACCAAGUCCCAAAGCUAACGGAGGACCGCACCUUGACAGCCCAGAAUCCGCCAAGGAGGAAGAUCUCGUUGCAAAAGAGAGUGUUCUUGGAGCACUUGGUCUGCAGUCGACACGAGUAGCCCAACAAGAGAGGCCGAAGGUGCCUAAGCUCAAGUUGGUUGUGAGGCCUAAUCCCGCCAAAAAGAAGGGUCACCGUAACGAAACUGGAAAUGAGAAAACCUACGCCAUUUGCCAUGAGGUCGAAGGCGCAGAGGGCCAGAAAAAUAGCCACCGUAAAAAGUCGCUGUGGUACCCUGGUCUUCCGAUCUCCAAUGGUGAGCUGGCGAAACUAAUCCUGACCACGCCAUCUAUCUCGGAUCUGAUUAUAGGCCGGCAUUUAGGCGAAGCCAAACCGCCCCAGCCGGGCAUUGGCGUUGGCGACGGCCUCGAUAUAGAGGCAGAACUUGGUCAAAAAGGCCCUAAGAAGCGCGAUGAAGUGGUCAUUCCCGAGAAGACUGCCGCGAGCAAUGUGCAUCCUGGCCGACCGUGUGAAGAUGUUUGUUGUUACUGUCACAACAAGUUUGGACUAUAUGACACGCCUCUGCACGUGUCCCAACUGAAAGGAGGUAGCGAAAAGCAAUCUGCUGUGCUCGCCCGAGAGCCAGUCCUGACUCUGGCCUCUUGCGUGUGCGACGCUUGCUUCCGCCACUUGGAUCGGCCCUUAUCGGCAGUGGCAACCUGGCGGCCAGCGCAGGCGAAGCAGAAGAAGCCCAAAGAAGCUUCAACUUGCUGCUUUGCCGGGUGCAGACAGCCAGCGCCCCAUCCGCUCGCCCGCAAGUGGAAAAGGAGGGUUCGCGGUCUCUUGACUAGGGGACUUGACAUGAAAAGCGGACUUUUCCUCUGUCAUCAACAUCAUCAAGAAACAGCAAAGAUUGGCGCUUGCGUCCUCUGUGGGCGCAGAGCGGCCUCGUCGCAGUUGUACUGCUUGGAGCCACAGGCCACGGAUCAAUUUAAUGAAGUCCUCAGGCAGGACUUGAUACCCAUAGUCGUGCAGCCAGAGGCAGAUCUUUGCAAGAAAUGCAGAUAUUACUCCAGCCUCCGACUGCGAUACUCGGACUACACCAAAGUCAGCGUUUCAAAUCGUGCCUUCCUGCGACAACACAGAGAAAAAAUCAUCAAGAAUGCUAAUCCUUCAGACACGUCAGCGCUGGUGGAAGUGUUCCCUGAAGUGUCUAAGGCAAGAAAACUAAUGCCUCCUCCGCCAACUCCUUCCACGUCUUCCGCUUCAAGCUCGUCGUAUGUUGCCGCAAUGACAGCUGCCCCUAAACGCACCCUUCUCACUCCGUCAGUGGAAAUUAUCCCAGUCCCUGCUGAGGGGCCUCCUCCAAGCAAAAAGACAAGGGGCGUUGCCCCAGCCAAAGAAGCAGUCACUGUUCGCCUCGUUGGAGGAUGCUCGUCCCUGUCAUCUGUUCCUUCACCGGCCAAACGGCCUUUGGUCAAGCGAACUGCGAGGAAUGACGGUCCGAACCUCAACUUCCAAUGGCUAGGUGAAACUGGGCCUCCAAGAGGCCGCUGGCACACGACCAGGGCGGACAUUCAAAUGGACGACCGCACUUUGGCAGAGUGGAAGAAAAGGCAAGAGCCGUUCGGCAGCUACACAAGCUACGUCAAGCAUCUCAUCACCUUAGACGGCUUCUGGAGGUCGAAGCAACUGGGGCCUCUUCCUGGAGCCAACGGCGCUUGCGUCAAGUACUGCACUUCGGUGAGGAACAGGAUUGAAGCGUAUGAAGGGCUCGCGGUCGAGCCUGAGGACUCUGACCGCCCCAAGAUAUGUGAUGUCCGAUCCCUUGCCGAGUGACCUUCAAACCCAACUGUGCCCAGCCUCAAAGGUUUGCUGCUUUACUUCUGGAUUAUGCUAACGACAGGCGGCUUGGCCAUGUGAUAAUAUAUAUUCACAAAUAACUAAUAAUUAAAUUAUGUCCAAUAAUUGGAAGUUUGAACGGAGUACUUGAUUCUGUGGUAGCUGUGACGGAAAUGGCACGAAAUUGAAUUUGAUAAUUCGGGAGCCUUGCUCAACAAGUAUUAACGAACUUUUAAUAGCAAGCUGCCUGUUGUUACUGUUGGUCCAGGAAAUACUCUCAGGUUUCUACUAUAUCAAAUGAUUGUGCAAAGAAGAGUCAUUGCUGGGCACAUUGUGUUUGAGUACUCGAGAACAGUGCAGCAGUUUUGUACUCUUGUUGAAUGAUCUUAUAUUUUGGACUAUAAUAUUUGUAAAUAGAGACGACUUUCUACGAACCUUUUUUCAAUUGGACUUUGCAAUUUGAAAUGAACUCUCUAUAUUGCACUGAAAAUAAAUAUUGUAUACUAAAAUAUUUUUGCCCACUUAAGUGCGACUUUGUGCUUAAUUAUUUUAAAGAUAAUUCAUUUCCAGUUGUUAAAAAGUUAUGUUAAACAUUCACCCGGUAUGGUUGCACCUGUGACUUAUAUUUUGGCUAUCAAAAUGUGUCAAUCCUUUGCUUUCUGGUUGCUAGUUUCGUUAAAAACUAUUCAAUCAAACUGGUUUCAAUGUCGUAAAAAUGUGGUUUCCGAAAUGAAAUCUGGAAGUGAUUGACAACUUUGGUUUGUGACUCAACUACGCCUCCUGUGAAGUGCCUUCACGGACAUCUGUAUUUAUAUAUAUAUAUACACAUAAAACGCUAUUUCUGUUCCUACCCUUUCAGUUUUAUGUAAUUGUCAAUAAUUAUUACAUGUAGCAAAUAUACUAUUAGUAAUUAUUGUUAUAUAUAAAGACACGUAUUUUCAUAAGCAUUAAAUAAAGCUAUAUUAAGGGA